CCAUCUUGGUCUGCCGUCGGUUUCCGUUCGUGUUGCUGGCUGCGGGGAGAGCGCUGAGAGAAACAUGCCGGCCUUACCGUUACAGCUGAUGGCGCCGCAGCCCCCGGAUGGAGUCCAGCAAAUGGAGGAGGAAAAGAAAGAAGAGGUGGUUCCAUCCAAGCCAAUUGUGGGAAUUAUAUAUCCACCUCCUGAAGUCAGAAAUAUUGUGGAUAAAACUGCAAGCUUCGUGGCCAGAAAUGGUCCAGAGUUUGAAGCCAGGAUUAGACAGAAUGAAAUCAACAAUCCCAAGUUUAACUUUUUGAAUCCAAAUGACCCUUACCAUGCCUACUACCGCCACAAGGUCAAUGAGUUUAAAGAAGGAAAAGCCCAAGAACCUUCUGCAGCCAUUCCUAAAGUAAUGCAACAACAACAGUCUGUGCAGCAGCUGCCUCAGAAGGUUCAGGCCCAAGUUGUUCAGGAAACCAUUAUCCCAAAGGAACCACCUCCAGAAUUUGAGUUUGUGGCUGAUCCACCUUCUAUCUCUGCUUUUGACCUGGAUGUUGUAAAGCUUACUGCUCAAUUUGUGGCUCGUAAUGGCCGUCAGUUUCUGACACAGCUGAUGCAAAAAGAGCAGAGGAAUUACCAGUUUGACUUCCUUCGGCCUCAACACAGCCUCUUCAAUUACUUCACAAAGCUUGUGGAACAGUAUACAAAGAUCCUGAUUCCUCCUAAAUCCUUAUUUCCCAAGCUGAAGAAAGAGGCUGAACACCCCACAGAGGUUUUAGAUCAGGUGCGUUACCGUGUUGAGUGGGCAAAAUUCCAAGAGAGGGAGAGAAAAAAGGAAGAGGAAGAGAAGGAGCGAGAGCGUGUGGCUUAUGCACAAAUUGAUUGGCAUGAUUUUGUUGUAGUGGAGACUGUUGACUUUCAACCAAAUGAGCAGGGUAAUUUCCCACCUCCCACCACCCCAGAGGAGUUAGGGGCUCGUAUUCUGAUACAAGAGCGUUACGAGAAGUUUGGGGAGAGUGAAGAAGUGGAGAUGGAGGUAGAAUCAGAUGAUGAAGAGGAGGUGAAAGACAGUAAGGGUGACGAAUCUUCUCAAAUGGAUCAAGAUACCCAGGUUCAAGAUAUGGAUGAGGGUUCUGAUGAUGAAGAAUAUGCCCAAAGAGCUCCUCUUCCACCUGAAGCUCCCAUGCCUCCACCACUGCCACCUACACCAGAUCAAGUCAUUGUCAGAAAGGAUUACGAUCCCAAAGCAAACAAGCCUCAGCCUCCUGCUCCUGCCUCAGAUGAGUAUCUGGUGUCCCCCAUUACCGGAGAAAAGAUUCCUGCCAGUAAGAUGCAAGAGCAUAUGCGUAUUGGGCUGCUGGAUCCUCGCUGGUUGGAGCAGAGGGAUCGAUCUAUCCGUGAAAAGCAAGGAGACGAUGAGGUGUACGCUCCAGGGCUGGAUAUUGAGAGCAGCUUGAAGCAGUUGGCUGAACGUCGUACCGAUAUCUUCGGUGUUGAAGAAACAGCCAUUGGUAAAAAGAUUGGCGAAGAGGAGAUCCAGAAGCCUGAAGAAAAGGUAACAUGGGAUGGGCACUCUGGCAGCAUGGCACGUACCCAGCAAGCAGCGCAAGCCAAUAUAACCUUGCAGGAGCAAAUUGAGGCCAUUCACAAGGCUAAGGGACUGGUGCCAGAAGAGGAUGGCAAGGACAAGAUUGGUCCCAGCAAGCCCAAUGAGAUGUCUCAACCUCCACCUCCAUCUUCUGCAUCAACCAUGACCAGCUCUGCACCACCUAUGAAUGUUGCACCUAGGCCACCUCCAGUAUCCCACCAACAACAGAUGAACACACCAGUUUCUCGACCACCCUCGAUGCCACCUCCUAUACGUACCACUAUGGUGUCUGCCAUGCCAGUGAUGCAGAGGCCUCCUAUGGCAUCUGUGGUGCGCCUUCCACCAGGUUCUGUCUUAACGGCUCCCAUGCCACCAAUACUACACUCACAAAGGAUCAAUGUGGUGCCAAUGCCACCCAAUCCUCCACCCAUGAUGGCACAGCGUUCUCCACAUAUGAUUGUCCCAGCUGCCUUUGUCCCUGCUCCUCCAGUUGCCCCAGUGCCUGCACCAGCACCUUUGCCCCCAUCUCAUCCUCCACCCCCACUGGAUGAUGAGCCAGCAGCAAAGAAAAUGAAGAAUGAAGACUCAUUAAUGCCAGAAGAGGAAUUCUUGCGCAGGAACAAGGGACCAGUUACAGUCAAAGUCCAAGUUCCUAACAUGCAGGACAAAACAGAAUGGAAGCUGGGAGGACAGGUCUUGGCAUUUACACUGCCAUUGUCUGAUCAGGUCUCAGUCAUAAAGGUUAAGAUCCAUGAAGCUACUGGAAUGCCAGCUGGAAAGCAGAAGCUUCAGUAUGAUGGGAUUUUUAUUAAAGAUUCAAAUUCUCUGGCUUACUACAAUAUGCAGAAUGGAGCCACAAUCCACCUGGCUCUGAAGGAGAGAGGAGGCAGGAAGAAGUGAGACUUUGAAGCUUCAUUUGAGAUCUCCCAUAACACCACAUGUAUCCUGGAGCACAUGUUAGAGGCAUAUGGCCUAACAAUGCUUAUGGAAAGUAAAUAUUACAUGUGAUUAUGCAAAAAAAAACUACUGAUUCACAAACCAUGUAAUGUAGUCCUAGAGCCUACUGUUAUCAUCGAAAUGUAGAGCACAACACAGCAAGCAUUCUUUAAGCCAUGCUUCAAUAUUUCUCUUUUCAUAUGGCAUUCAUUAUGCUUUUGAUAUUCAUGUCUCAGACCAUAUGAAUCCGUUUGAGCCUCCAGCAAAAAUGUUAAUGUGUCCAUGUUAAAAAGCCUGUGCCACAAAUCUUUGUAUACUUACAACCUUGUGGUGUUAUUGCCAUUACAAGGCAUUCAAAGUAUAGUGCGAUCUGUACCGUAGCUUGUCUGGUCGUGCAGAUUAUGUUCAAUAAAAGUUUCAAUUUACGUUCA